AGUGACGUAGAGGAAGAUAAUAUAAGAAAAGAAAGGGAAGAGGGGAAUCUGGGGCAGAUGCACAUUAGUGACAGACAUUAACAUCGGCAGGCUGGAGCAAGAGAACGUGAAAGAGGCUAGGAGAAUAACACAUAAGAAGAAGAGAAGAAGCGUGAGAGCUGAACGCUGUGAAGGAUGACAGAGCACCAGUCCUGAGAUCAACCCUCAUCCUUCCCCCUCUCCUCCCCCCUCCUCUGACCCCAUCCCCAACAUUACCCUCCUCCCUCUCUCUCUCUGUGGUUAGACAAGACAUGAUGACCGGUCCUGACCAGAUUCCACUCUCAUCGCAUCCUUGUGGAACCUCUUCAUCUCCUCUGGACUUCUUCUCAGCAUUCUGACUGGCACUCUUCUGACUGGCACUCUUCUGACUGGCACUCUUCUGACUGGCACUCUUCUGACUGGCACUCUUCUGACUGGCACUCUUCUGACCGGCACUCUUCUGACUGGCACUCUUCUGACUGGCACUCUUCUGACUGGCACUCUUCUGACUGGUACUCUUCUGACCACUUUCACAUAUUCUCUCCAGGAGAAGACAGGAAGGAAGACCGUAUUCUCUCCAGGAGAAGACAGGAAGGAAGACCGUAUUCUUUCCAAGAGAAGACAAGUAGGGGGAAGUUUGUCAUCUCCUUGCUGUGAGGACUGACUUUUUUUCUUCAUCAGGAAGAUAAGGACCGACAACAUCGAGAAGACUUCCAGUUCACUGAGGCACAAAACAACAACAACAACACUGAGAAAGAAACAACAUUUUAAACACGGAAAGAAGACAGGACAAUCUAACAUCAACAGGUCAUUUCAACAAGAGAUUAAGACAUUUUAAAACUUUAUCUCAGUCUCUCUCUAUUCAUCCACUUCUCUUGGACUCUCUGUCCUGAAAAUUUCUCUGUGAGGGUGAGUUGGUCCAUCCAGCCCAGCCAUGCAGGUGUCUAUAGCCUGUACGGACCCCCACAUGAAACGUGGAAAUGGGGAUCACAAGAAUGCCACCAGCCCGGGGAAUGCAGCUCGGGCCAAGUUCAGAACCGUGGCCAUCAUAGCACGUAGCUUUGGGGCGUUCGCACCCCGACAUCACAUCUCCCUCAAAGAGUCUACAGGGAAACUGACCGGCAUGAAAUACAGGAACCUGGGAAAGUCAGGACUUAGAGUGUCGUGUUUGGGACUGGGUACAUGGGUGACGUUUGGCAGUCAGAUCACAGAUGAGGUGGCCGAGCAGCUGAUGACCAUAGCGUAUGAGAGUGGGGUCAAUCUGUUUGACACAGCGGAGGUGUACGCUGCUGGAAAAGCUGAAGCCAUAUUGGGUAAUAUCAUCAAAAAGAAGUCCUGGAGACGAUCAAGUCUGGUCAUCACUACCAAGCUGUACUGGGGAGGAAAGGCAGAGACUGAAAGAGGCCUUUCAAGGAAACACAUUAUUGAAGGUCUGAAGGGCUCUCUCCAGAGGUUGCAGCUGGAAUACGUAGACGUGGUCUUCGCAAACCGCCCCGACACCAACACGCCCAUGGAGGAGAUUGUGAGAGCCAUGACAUAUGUGAUCAACCAGGGGAUGUCCAUGUACUGGGGGACGUCUCGAUGGACAGCCAUGGAGAUCAUGGAGGCGUACUCUGUCGCCAGACAGUUUAACCUGAUCCCUCCGGUGUGUGAGCAGUCUGAGUACCAUCUCUUCCAGAGGGAGAAGGUGGAGGUCCAGCUUCCAGAACUCUACCACAAGAUAGGUGUCGGGGCAAUGACGUGGUCUCCGCUGGCCUGUGGCAUCAUCACAGGGAAGUACCAGAACUGCAUCCCAGAAACCUCCAGGGCAUCCAUGAAGUCGUACCAGUGGUUAAAGGAGAAGAUUGUGAGCGAGGAUGGGAGGAAACAGCAGGCUAAGCUGAAGGAGCUGGGACACAUUGCUGAGAAGCUGGGCUGUACUCUCCCACAGCUGGCUGUGGCCUGGUGUUUGAGGAAUGAGGGGGUGAGCUCAGUCCUCCUGGGAUCCUCCAGUCCAGAGCAGCUAACAGAGAACCUAGGCGCCAUACAGUUCCUUCCAAAAAUGACGUCUCAUGUGGUGUCGGACAUCGAUCACAUACUGGAGAACAAGCCACACAGUAAGAAGGACUAUCGCUCCUAGACACCCAGGAGGAAGCAGAACCACUACUGUACAACCACUGUGGAUCCAGUUCCACCAACCUCCUGGGCUCAGCCUCCAUGGGGUUUCAGCUCAGUCUAAUCCCAGCCCAGUUCAGGCCUGCUCAGCUCAGCCCCAGCCUUCUUAGCCCAGUGUAACCGAGCUCAGUUCAGCCUAACCCUGCUAACCCUCUGCCUAGACCAGCUUUCAGCUCAGCUUACUCUUAUCAGUAGAU